UUUCAAUGGAGGCAAACGCAGAGGAAAACGCGCGAAAGAAAAUGAAGAAGCUAUUAACCGGCGAUAAUGACUCCAUUAUUCUCAAGGAGCAAUUGGACCAUUUGCAGAAAAGGGCACGGACUUUAACUGGAGAAGUGAGUUUUAAACAGGAGGAGGAUUUGCGAUUAUGGACUACAAGAGCAAGAUUGGCAAAUGUUAUCAAAAGACACGAGCAGCUAAGGGAACGGCUAACGAGGGAUUCUGAUAAGAUGAUCUCAGAGCGUCUACACAAAGAAUUUGAAGCUGCACGGGCUGCUCAAACUGAAGAGUUGUGUAUAGAUGGUGAACAAUGGAAUGAUGGCCUAUUAGCUACAAUUAGAGAGCGGGUGCACAUGGAAGCUGAUAUAAAGACAUUGCCCAAUCACACAGGCAAGGUAUUGGACCACCCCUUCAGUGGAAAAACUACUUAUAAAGUUGGAACCAAGGUAAUUUGCUGUUUGGAUGGGGCAAGAAUUGGUAUACAAUAUGAAACAUCUUUUGCUGGUGAUCCUUGUGAACUUUAUUAUUGUGUGCUUGGAAGUAGAUCAUUUCUCGAGAAGAUGAGUGUUAGAGAACACACUGUUCCUUUCUUUUUGCCUAUACGUGAAGCAGAAAAUGAUCUUCUGUCCUCAAAUGCAAAGAGAUUCAUAGACUAUGUUGGAGAAAUUUUACAGGCAUAUGUGGAUAGACGAGAACAGGUACAGCUUCUUAAAGAGUUAUAUGGGCAUCAGAUUGGGGAGCUGUAUCAUAGCCUCUCAUACAAUUUGGUUGAGUUUGUUUUGGAAGAGUUUGAAUGCAAGGUGACUGUCAGUCUAAAAUAUGGGGAUAUUGUUUCUGUGUUACCAUCCCAAAGUAAAGUUAUGGCAUGGCCUGUGUUCCCCUCAAAGCAAGGCGGAGAAAUUAUAGACAGAAGAAGAAACUCACUAACUUCAUUUCAACCAAUGCCUUGUCAUCUUCCACUUGCAGAGCAAGCUCUAUUAACCAUGAACUUGCCUCAAGCUUAUGCAGAGAUGGUUUUGAAUUUGCGGCAAAGACUUUGACACAUCCAUGAAAGGAAGGGGUCUUAAGAGGUUUGCAAAUGGUUUUAUGAAGUCUGAUGAUGGAAAGCUAGCCAACCAGCUCGGUAAUUGGUUGAGUUCUAUUUAACCUCUUCCAUUUCCUUUUGUGUGUAUAUAUCAUUGUAUGAGAUCUGAUCUUCCAUAUUACAUAAUUUGUCAUACUUUGUGGCUUAGAUUUUACACGUAGAGAGGGAAAUUGUGCUUGCUUGUUC